AUUACAACUUGCGACUGCAGAAUAGAGAGUAUUAUGCCAUGAAGAACAAAGAAUCAUAUGAUCCCAUUUCUCUUGAAAGCAUUCAUUCUGAUAUUACUACUGAGUGGUUGAUAGAAGAGAAUGAAGGGGCAUCUUCUAAAGACAAGGAAUUGGAUAUUGAUGAGCUCGAUCGAGCACUUGCAGAGGAAGUUAGUGAUGAAGAAGAUGAA